AUGCCACGCCCUAGCUUCGCUCCUGCUCCGCUCGCUGCUUUGAGCAGCGCCGAUGCGCCGACCUCAUACCAACCCACCCUCUUUGAACUGCGCUUCGGCCCACGGCGGAACCGCAAGCCAACCCACGAGGCCAGCCCUCCAGACCGCCUCUCUCCAUCUCGGAAACGAGUCAAGCUCGACGACACCGACAAGCAGAGCGAGGGAACCUCAAGCAGCUCCGAUGCCUCGUACGACACGCCAACAGUGGCCCCGUUGAAUGGCCAUCGAGGACCGUUCCACAGCAUCACCCGACCCGCAUUCUGCGAUAGGUACCGCAUCGAGGACCUACCGGGCGCCGACAUCUUCUACCGUCCCGAUUGGAUCGACAGCAAGACGGCGGAACGGUGGAGGAGAGAGCUCGACGCCCUGCCGGACUGGUACCAGCCCAAACUCAAGGUCUACGGGCGCGAAAUCACCCAGAGCCGAGAGAUAUGCGCCUACGCCACCGAGCCGGGUCUCGAGCUCAAAUACAGCGGUCAUCCGGUCGAGAUGCACGCUCCCUUCCCCCCACUGCUCAACCACAUCGCCUCGCUCCUCUCGUCCGACGACUGCCUCGGCUCAGAGGUGCGCUUCAACCACUGCAUGCUCAACCGCUACGACGACGGCAAGGUCUACAUCGGCAAGCACUCGGACAACCGCGAGAACAAGGUCAUUGUCACCGUCUCGCUCGGCGCGGAUCGCAGCUGGAUUAUGGAACGCAAGCAGGACCGCCGUCGCAACACCCCCGCCGUUACCGCCAGCCAGCAAGGCCAAGGCGAGCAAGGCGAGAGGAUCAAGAAGCGGUGGAUCCUGCGCAACGGCAGCCUCCUCGUCAUGCAGGGAGAGACGCAGAAGCUGUACACGCACGAGAUCCCAAAGGAGCUCAAAACCACACAGCCUCGCAUCAGCAUCACAUUCCGGCAGCUCGUCUAUGAAUGA